AUGCAGAGAAGAAAGUUCAUCGAACUCAAACAAAAAUACUUUAAAGAAAAUGGUGGCUUACUGUUACAACAACAACUCUCUAGUCAAGAAGGCUCUGUGGAGACAGCAAAAAAUUUCACUGCAGAAGAACUUGGGAGGGCCACAAACAAUUAUCAUGAAAGUAGAGUCCUUGGAGAAGGAGGCUACAGAAUAGUUUACAAAGGAGUAUUACCAGAUAACAAAGUGGUUGCCAUAAAGAAGUCCAAAGUUUGUGUUCAAACCCAGAAGGAGCAGUUUGUUAAUGAGUUGAUUGUUCUUUCUCAAGUCGACCACAGAAAUGUGGUGAGGCUAUUGGGUUGCUGUUUAGAGACAUCUGUGCCUUUACUAGUUCAUCACCAAUGGCCAGAGGAAGAAAGAAAUCUUGCGAACUUCUUUGUUCGUUCGAUGGAGGAAGACUGCUUGAACCAAAUUCUUGAUGAUGGCAUAUUCAAUGGUGGAAACAUUGAAACAGUAAAAGGUGUGGCGAAUCUCGCAAAAAUAUGUUCAAGGUUAAAAGGGGAGGAAGGGGCUAUCAUGAAAGAAGUAGCAUCGGAGCUAGAGGGAAUGAGAGUUACGGUGAAGCAGCAUGCAUGGGGAAAUGCCGAUAUCUGUCUAGAAGAGACUGAGUACUUGCUGGGGUCACCAAUUAAUUCAGAAGCUUUUAGAAUCUGUUCGUCUCUAACAAACACUACAUUACAUACAAGAAGUUGUCCAACUAACACAAGAUAA